AUAUAUAUUACAAAUAUAUGCCCAGAGCAUUAAAGACUUAAACUUAACAUUAAACUGCUUCAAGCUGUAUCGUGUCAACUCCAGACGCUCCUCUUUAAACGGAUAAUGGAUAUGGAUAGUGCGACAUAUGCCUACAUCUCCGAGCCCGUCGAGUUUCGGCAUCUGAAGGGCAAGCCCAUCGAUUUCCGUAAGACGUUCGAUGUGCGCGGCUUGGGCACAGAUGAGAUGCUCCAAUUGUAUUUGCGCAGGGCAAACUUAUCCGACGAUGUGGAACACAUGCCGGCGAUGCAGCGACGCACCUAUGUUUAUGACAUAAUUAGAAGCCAUAAGAGCCCCGGUUAUUGGGUGCCACCCUGCAUGCAGGUGAGCAGCGACGUCUUCGCCCAGCCCCCACCCGCCGUUCUUCCUCCGCCCACAAUUAAAGCCUCGCCGGGUAGCGAAAGACGCUUUUUUGCCGACGCCGCCAGCCUGAAUAUGAGUCAAUCCUCGUCGUCGAAUAGCCUAAGUAGCUUUGGUGGUGGAGGUGGAGCCGUGCCGGGUCCCAGUUUUGCCACCAGCGUUGUCGUCAGCAACAAGGGGUCCAAGUACGAGAUUAGCGGACCAGUCGGCUUUCAACAUGUGUCCGGUGAUGUGACACGGGAUCGCACGCGAAAUGCCUUCGAUUUGAAUGCCGGAGCCAAUGAUAAUGUGCUGAAGAAGUACAUGAUGGAGCAUGGCAUUGCCGAGGAGGAUGUGGCCGGCAUACGACGCCAGGAGCUCAUCAAAAAGAUAGUCCACUCCAAUUUCACGUGGAUGCCCAACAAGCAGGAUAUGCAAAAUGCGGAGCCUAAACUGGUUUAUGCCACCAUAUCCACAAACAAUCAGAUUACACCACCACCCUCACCACCACCACCACCACCAGCUGUGGCCAAGCAGUCACCUCCAAGCACCUCUUACUCCAACUAUGCAUCGCUUACAUCGCGCUUUGUGGACAUCUCUGACAUGGACAUGCCCAACAGUCAGCAGCAGCAGCAGCCGCAGCAUCAGCAACCUAGGCAGGAGAUUGGCACCGUUAUACCAGUUCAGGUGCAGCCAAACAGACAAAAGAUUCCGCCACCGCCGUCAGCAGUGACGGCAGCCAAUACACACUCUGCGUAUCCAGCGGCCAUUGAAGUGCGUGCCACGCGCAGCACAAAGCCACCGAAUGAAACAUAUGCCACAAUUGCGCCACAAACGCAACGCAAGGCGGGCACAAUGCGAGUUGCGCCACCAGCACCGCCAAAGCCAAUAAUUGUGCCCAGCGAGAAUCGCACCACGGUGCAAUAUGCACCCGUUAAACAGCCAACUCAGCAAACUCCUGUAAGGGCAUCACCUAUGAUGCCACGGCCUGCACCUCUACAAGUUGCACCUACUCCUGUUAAGGCAUCACCCAUGCCGUCACGAGUGGCACCUUUACAAGCUGCCCCUACUCCUGUAAGGGCAACAGCCAACCAGCCACGAGUGGCACCUGUAAAGGCAUCAGCUGUUCCACAGCCGCCGCCGCCACCUCCGCCAGUUAUGGGAGGAGGAGGACCACCGCCACCACCACCGCCACCACCAGCAGCUAUAGGUGGUGCACCAAUGCCACCACCAGCAGCUAUAGGUGGUGCACCAAUGCCACCACCACCGCCACCAAUGGGUGGACCUACUCCGCCGUUGGUAAUUAAAAAGGCUGACCACCCAAAGGUGCCCGCAGACACAGGCGAUAAUCGCGAUGCUUUCCUGGAAAGCAUUCGCAAUGGCGUCUCAUUAAAGAAAGUCGAUAAGAAGGCAGCUACAAUAAGUGGCAUUAAACCGCGAGCUGAAAGGAAGCCAGUGCCAAUGGAUUUCAUGAGCGAGCUAAAAUUGGGCAUUACACUCAGGCGUGUGAAAAAUCCGGCAGAUAAUCCGUAUUCAGAUGCGAACGCACCGACGGAAGAAUCAAACGUGUAGCAAAAAAAAACAAAAUGCGCGCGCAACUUUUGAAAUUGUUUGUUGAUUUGGCAACGCUUGACUUGGUGGCUUAGCUAGUAUUAAUUUGGUUUUUUUCCAUAACAACACUUGCAGUCUGCAAUCGCAAUUUAAAGUCAAUGUUUAUUAAAGAAAUUAUUUAUUUUAAUUUUAUUUAUCUAUGCAAUCAUGUGUUAUCUACAAUGAGCUGCAAUUAUUGUGCACAUUUUUUGAGAUAUUUCCCAUAUGACAAAACAUUCAAAAAAUAGCAAAAAUAUCUACACAUGUAUAAAAAAAUGCUAUCGCUACUCAAUUACUUUUAAACUGUUAAUCACAAUUUACAUUUGGCAGUGAAAUGUGUAAAUAAAUUUGUUUGUGUAGAGGCAACAUGAUAACUUA